GAGAAGAUGGGGAGCCCCGAGGACGACCUCAUUGGGAUUCCGUUCCCCGACCACAGCAGUGAGCUCCUGAGCUGCCUCAACGAGCAGCGCCAGCUGGGCCACCUGUGCGACCUCACCAUCCGGACGCAGGGCCUUGAGUACCGCACCCACCGGGCCGUGCUGGCUGCCUGCAGCCACUACUUCAAGAAGCUCUUCACCGAGGGCGGUGGCGCCGUCAUGGGGGCUGGGGGUGGCGGCGGGACAGCCGUGGGGGGAGCAGGGGCAGGUGUGUGCGAGCUGGACUUCGUGGGGCCCGAGGCUCUGGGAGCCCUGCUCGAGUUUGCCUAUACAGCCACGCUGACCACCAGCAGCGCCAACAUGCCAGCCGUGCUGCAGGCCGCCCAGCUGCUGGAGAUCCCCUGUGUCAUCGCCGCCUGCAUGGAGAUCCUGCAGGGCAGCGGGCUAGAAGCUCCGAGCCCCGACGAGGACGACUGCGAGCGAGCCCGCCAGUACCUGGAGGCCUUUGCCACUGCCACGGCCUCAGCCUCGGGAGUUCCCAAUGGUGGAGACAGCCCUCCACAGGCGCCUCCACCACCGCCCCCUCGGCCUGUCGCCCGCCGUAGCCGCAAGCCCCGCAAAGCUUUCCUGCAGACCAAGGGGUCCCGGGCGAACCACCUAGUACCUGAGGUGCCCGCAGUACCCACCCAUCCGUUGACCUAUGAGGAGGAGGAGGUGGCCGGCAGAGUGGGCAGCAGUGGGGGCAGUGGGCUGGGGGACAGUUACAGUCCUCCCACAGGGACUGCCUCACCCCCGGAGGGGCCCAUGAACUAUGAGCCCUUUGAAGGAGAGGAAGAGGAGGAGGAGCUGGUGUACCCCCCGGCCUACAGGCUGGCACAGGUCGGGGGGCCCCCGCUCUCCCCAGAGGAGCUGGGCUCGGAUGAGGACGCCAUCGAUCCCGACCUGAUGGCCUACCUCAGCUCCCUGCACCAGGACGCCCUGGCGCCAGGCCUGGAUGGCCAAGACAAACUGGGAGUACGCAAGCGCCGCUCCCAGAUGCCCCAGGAGUGCCCCGUCUGCCACAAGAUCAUCCACGGGGCAGGCAAACUGCCGCGCCACAUGAGGACCCACACGGGCGAGAAGCCCUUCGCCUGUGAGGUCUGCGGCGUCCGUUUCACCCGGAACGACAAGUUGAAGAUCCACAUGCGGAAGCACACUGGAGAGCGCCCCUACUCGUGCCCGCACUGCCCAGCCCGCUUCCUGCACAGCUACGACCUCAAGAACCACAUGCACCUGCACACAGGGGACCGGCCCUACGAGUGCCACCUGUGCCACAAGGCUUUCGCCAAGGAGGACCACCUGCAGCGCCACCUCAAGGGCCAGAACUGCCUGGAGGUGCGCACCCGGCGGCGCCAGCCGUCCCCCGCGGGCCUCGACCUCUCCAACGGCCACUUGGACACCUUCCGCCUCUCUCUGUCUCGAUUCUGGGAGCAGUCAGCCCCCACCGGGCCCCCCGUCUCCACUCCAGGGCCCCCUGAUGACGAGGAGGAGGAGGGGGCACCCACCACUCCGCAGGCUGAAGGUGCCAUGGAGUCCUCUUAAAGAGGGAGGAGCGGCCGGCUGGAGCAGCACACGCGGGCCGCCCAUGCCAAGCAGUGGGAGCCUGCAGGACAGACAGAGCUGGGGUCAGAGCACC